UUGCGGUCCGCUUCUCCGCAAACACCGUCAUGGCUUUAUACUACUCUACAACCCAUAGCCCUCGAAGGCUGUCUGAGAGGCGCGGGAUACCCGAACUUCAGCCUCUGGAGCCUGCCGCGUCACCUAAAGCUUUGAUCUCUUCUAGGGUUAGUUUAGACAGCGAAUUGUGCAGACCCAUUUCCCAGGGCUCUUCUGUCAUCAGUACACCCUACUCCUCCUAUGAAACCGGCAGCAACACAGCAAUGACAACCCCAAUCACACCCACUGACAUUUCACCUUUCAAGCCUCAUGCACCGGAUAUCAUGUCUCCGAUAACCGCCCCGCCGUCAAUUCGAGAGGAGGAUGAGGAGGAUGACGAAUUGUGCGAUUGCAGUUGCGGUAGCACUGUAAAUGGCUUGGGUGGGCUGGGGCUUGAGACACUGGUGGAUGGAGCUAGUGGAUGGACAACGGCAAGGAGCUUGUCAGAGAGACUGCACCUUACGACAGGAGGCAAUCCAUCUUUUGACCACGAUUACCUUAUUCAUCAGUUCCAGAAGAGUCACAUCAACGGAGAGCAGUACUCAAUGCCCCCGACUCCUCCUUCUCAUUGUAAGAUUUUGCCCUUGUGGAUUUGUAUGCGUUUUACGGGGCUAAUGGACAUCGCAGCCGGAGAGCAGGAAUUUGAUUUCUCAAUUGCCGACUCUCCCAUCCUGCGGCCUCACCGAUCUGGUGAAUUGGUUAUCGAUCCGGAAUGCUUUUCUUCAGGUCCUCCUUCCCUGCCUCAAUCGCCCUCCAGCGAAGGUGGUUCGGGUCGGAGUCGUGCAGCGACAAUUCUCAAUAAGAUUGUUCCUAAAAUACGGACGAGUUUGAAGCGCAGGAUGUCGAGCCCAAACAAUACACCCCAAGUUCCAUCAAUCCCCUCGGCUUCCACCAUGCCUACCUCCCCAUCUUGCUGUUCUCCGGGAACACCUCCGGAGGAUCAUUUGGAGCACUUUUUCCGGGAGCUGAGGGGCCCUAUUGAGAAGCCGCUGGCCGGAGAUGAUGGUAUGAGCAUUCACUCUGCUGCAGAAGCGGAAGCGCCACUGCCGCCUCUGCUGCACCCAACAACAACAUUUGUAGGAGAAACCGAUAUCGUGUCCCCACUUCAGUCGCCGAGGUUUCUAAACACCCCUAACUUUUCCGGGGCGGAUGUCUUUCCGGAAAUGUGCAACUCGCCAAUCCCACCCGAACUAGUUUGCUCUCCCUUGCACCCUCCGACCAUCUCUCCUUUGAUGUCCCCUUCCCUAGCCUCAACGUCGCAAACCUCACUCAGUAUGCCGGCCCCAUCAAUGACGCAUAAGAAGGUUCCUAGCAUUGACCCGGCCACACCACUUGCACCGAAGAAACUGGCAUCUCCGGUCACCUUUGUCACCGCGAAUUCCCUCGCAGAUAUGAUUGAGGAAAUGAGUAGGGACCUGGCAGCCUACGACGCUACGCGAGCUCGCAUGAUUGAGAGUGGAUGGUCGAGCGCGCAGGAGAUCCGAAACGUCGAGCUUCAGCGAGAGGACAAAGAAAGGAACUGGAAGCACCGCAUUGCGGAGUCCAAGAAAAUCCUCGAGGCUGUGAGGAGAUCUGAGGUCAAGCAUUCGGCGAUGUCGAGUGUAUCCAGCAUCGACAGUCUGGGUGGUAGCUACCCACCUCCAACCAGCAACCCGAUAUCACCGAUCAUACCAGUUACCAUUCUUCCCGGUGGUGACGGCCAUAGCAUGAAGGGUUCGGAGCGCACCCUAUCCAAAUGACCGGUGGACUAGUGAUUUCACUAUUGUUUUAUAAGUUACGUUUUGUUCUAUUUUUAUCUUGUUUUUAACGGUGCAUGACGAUGGUGACGAUGAUGAAUUACGCCCCUUCUAUCUAACGACGAACAAUUUCUUCAUCUCGUUUUCUUCCACGGGGUUUUUCGGGCGCACGCGUAAAUGAAAGAUUUUUUUGCUUCUCUCUAUUUUAUUUUUUACCCCUGCAUUGUAUAAACUUUUAUCAUUCUUACUUGUUACAUUUUUUACACUUUAAAAGGGCGGCUGGUGAUGUCGAAUAGGGUCAUUUCCUUUUGAUUUUUAGAUGGAUUUUCUUUUUUUCUUUUCUUUUCUUCAAAAUGGGGUGUCAUGUUUAAUUCACAUCAUAUUAUCAUAGCAGGGCCAGGUGGUUGUGUGAGGGCUGUUUAGCUGUCUAGCUCUAGUUUAGUUUAGUUUUUUUUUCGCUUUUCUUGCUUCUUUUCCACACUGUGUUUCAUUGUUUCCCUUGCUUCCCGAUGGAAUGAUCGGAUACGGUAGUGUUUUCGGCAUCUCCUCUAUCUCGUCUACGAUGGCGCAGUACAUGAGAUUGGGAGAUAUUUCCUUCAUUUCAUUCUUUUUCAGGGGCGCUGUACAAAUUCCCAUCCACCAUAUUUGGGUGGUGGGAAUCCAUCUGGAAAAAGGAAAAAAGGGCGAUUGGGUGGAAGAAAAACAAGCAAAAGAGGGAUGGAAGGAAACCAAGAGGGGCAAAAAGACACCCGAAAAUGUACAGUUUAUGUCGGCCCCACAGGCUCGGGCUGGUCAAAUCCAAUCAUAAAAUAAAUACCCAAAUCCGUACCCAAAGGGAUAGAAACAAAAGGAGGGAGGAGUAAAAAAAGUGCCUGUUUGAAUAGAAUUGUAUCCGUUUGGAGCGUGUUUUGCACUCCUGCGCGCACAGGAGUGUACUCCUUCCUACCGCACUUUGCCUUGUGCUGCCGUGACGUGGUCCGCUCCGCUCUGCCCUGCCCGGUCCUGUCUGCGUACUUGUCGGUGUAUUACUCGUGCUCUCAUGCUGGGCAACGGACAUCAAGUGAAGGGGAGCGCGGCAGUAGUGGGAGCAGGAGUAUCUGGAACCCCGCACUCCACGCGCAAUGUCACAUCGAGACGUUGCGUCGACGAGUGACAGCGCGUGAUUGUCCUGUCCCAUGGCACUCCGUACAAACGGCUAGGGGGUGGAAAUGCGCGGAGGGUCCGUUAUUAUUGGAAGCGUUGGAUGUCUGUGAUCGUGGUGUCAUCACCUACGUCCCUCACUCCCUCACUCCCCUCUACCCCUACCUACCUACCUACCUACCUAGGCGUGGUCCCCAGCAUGUUGCUGUGGAUGGAAG